UUUUAUUAAAUUUUUCCUAAUGCUAUAGGCGUACAGAAUGCUUUACUGACGAUACUACCAUUACUUUUAAGUCCAUGUAAUACUGAAUUUUGGAUUAGGUGAGAUAAAGUAAGCAUACAGAUGUUUCAAUGGAAACCCAAAGACAUUAAAUUUUCAAGCACAAAAAGAGAAAAGACAAGGUGACACACGGAUAGUAGCAGUUUAAGAAAUGCUUAUUGAACGCCUUUCCACUUUCUUGACUAGUGGACUCUAGAUGUACAAGGAGAAAUGGGAAACAGCUUGCUGAGUAUACAAAUAAGAAGUGGACCUUGACUUGGCGCCCAACUGGUAAUAAAAAAAUGUAUACACGUGCAAGGAAGCAUCAAAUUUCUAUACGAGAAACACAACUUGUUUGUGCAAAGAAUGACUGGGAUGUAUAAAGGUGAGAAGAGGUGAUCUGCUCAGUACUAGUUGUUCAAUAGUGACUUCAGGUUGCCCAGCUCAGCAGAGGCAGGUCAAGAUCCUGCUGACACUUCCCACUUUGAAUACAGAGAUUAAAGAUAGUUCAGUCAAUUUUGUUCAGUGGAAGGAAGAGAAAAGCAAUUUCAAUAAUGCCCUUUGUAUGAAGAAUAGAAGUAGUUCACAGACUCACACUCAAAGAUCAGGGUACUUAGGCAGUAAAACAUCUUGGAUAUAUCUAGUUCACUCCCAGAUUGUUACCAUUUGACUCAUCCCAAGAAAACGGCAUACAUUCAAUAAAAAUUAAGUGAUUGUUGUGUAAACCACCUGAGAAGUGUGCUAUCUGUUCACCAUUUCCAUGUAACAGUCACAACAGUCUACACAACUACUCUCCCCUUCAAACAGAAACCUAUAAAGUUCGUGUGUAUUCCCUUCAGGAAAAGGUGUUGAUGGACAGCUUUGAUAUAAGGAUGUCGAGCAGCUGAAAGAUCAACUGUCUUUAAUAGAAUAUGAACGAACUGCUAUGAUAGAGUCGAUUACAAGCAGCACAGUCCUAGGGCACAGAUCUUCAAAAUCCAGUGGUCUAGAGAAGCUUUCAGCCUAGGCACGUUCAGGAACUUGAGAGUUCUGCUAAGCCAACAGGACCAGAUAUCACGUCAAACAUUUCUUGAGCAUGUCAUAGUGCCAGGUGCUUUAUUCAGUUCUCAUAUUUUGGUUGCUUGUAAGAGGCAAUGGGAGUAGAAGGCUCUUUUCCUGGUAGAUUCGAGUUCUGGACAGGAGAGCGAUUGUGAUUUGGUAGGUGGUUUUACGGGCCUGUCACUAAGGGAGAUUGAGAACCGUUACUAGGUGGUAGAUCUUGAGAAAGGUCAGGAAAAGCGUUAAGUCGAAGCCAAUCUAUCGCAGAGUGCAAUUACCUGAGAAUCAUUCAACUAGGAGGUUCUUCUUGUGGCCUAGCCUGCUCAAUCUCUGAUAGGAGGAAUAUUUGGUGGUUUGGCUCAGGACAAAAGAUAAGGCAUGAUGCAGCUGUUAAGGAUGGCCAGGGCAGUGUAUAUCAAUCAGCUCAGUCCAUUUCACAGGUCAGGUCUCUCUUCAGACGAGGUUCAGCUGGCCUCAGCUUGGGGUCAUGUGAUGCGCCCGCGGAUGACUGGAGCGCCGCGCGCAGGCCUGGGCGGGCCUAGGUAGAAAUCAACUUCCGGUGAGGAGGUCCUGGACACCGGGUGGUGCGUGGGCCGCCUCAACGUGGGUUCCUGGGCCCGCAGUCACCGGGAGGGGGGUGGUUGCGUAGCCGGUGUCCCGGAGCAAGUGUCUGAGAGCCGGGUGUGACGCGCAACAGCGCGGGGAGCACUGCGGCGGCGGCAGGAGCAGGUGCUGCUUACAGAAUGGAUGACGACGACUUUGGUGGCUUUGAGGCCGCAGAGACCUUUGAUGGUGAGCAAGGUGGGAACCAAGCAGUGUCCCCAGCCGUCCCCUGGGCCACCUUUCCUGCAGGGGAACACGCAGUCUCCAUUGUGAGCCAUCUCCAGAGUUUGUGGUAGGACCCCGCGGACAGAGCUACUGAUGCCAAUGUGGAAUAAAGUAUCCGGAGUGCGCCUCUCACCAGCUUCUCCGGAGCUUAUCCUGGACCAUGACCGCUCGUCUCCGUCUGCCGUCCACCUCCCUCCAGAUGCUGUCCUUUCCUCACCAGACGAUACACGUGCAGACAGCAGCCUCGUGAGUCAGACCGUCUCCAAAGCUCAGAUUCAGCAGUCAGCGCACACACAUCUGAAUAUCCCUCUCUUCCCACUUGGUUUGGCGGAUGAGCCGAGCCAUGGAACACUGGCUCCGGAGGAUGAGCCUGAGGGUCCUGGAGUCCACGUGUCCAACUCUCAGCUCCGGCAAAAAAUAUCAAGUCUGGAGACUAAACUCAAAGCUUCAGAAGAAGAAAAGCAGAGAAUUAAGAAGGAUGUGGAGUCGCUGAUGGAGAAACACAGUGUUCUGGAGAAAGGCUUCCUGAAGGAAAAGGAGCAGGAUGCUGUGUCCUUCCAAGCCAGAUACCGUGAGCUUCAGGAAAAGCAUAAACAAGAAUUGGAAGACAUGAGGAAGGCCGGGCACGAGGCUCUGAGCAUUAUAGUGGAUGAGUACAAGGCACUUCUGCAGUCUUCAGUUAAGCAGCAGCUAGAUGCCAUCGAGAAGCAGUAUGUGUCUGCAAUCGAGAAACAAGCUCACCGGUGUGAGGAGCUGCUGCAUGCUCAGCAUCAAAGGCUCUUAGAAGUGCUGGACACUGAGAAGGAACUGUUAAGAGAAAAAAUCCAGGAAGCUUUGACUCAACAGUCACAGGAGCAGAAGGAAUCACUGGGAAAGUGCCUACAGGAGGAAAUGCAGAGGAACAAAGAGACACUGGAGUCCGCUGUGAAGCUUGAGAAAGAAGCGAUGAAAGAUGUCAUUACUAAGGCAGUGGAAGAAGAAAGGGAAAAUCUGGAGAAAGUCCAUGCUGAAGAAAGGGAAAUGUGGAAGACAGAACAUGCAAGAGAUCAAGAGAGGGUGGCAGAGGCCAUCCAGGCCGCUGUGCAGGAGCAGCAGAGAAUGAGUCAGGAAGCUGUCAAGGCCGCAAUUGUAGAGGAGCAGAGGCGAAGUGAAAAGGCCAUGGAGGAAGCCGUCAAGAGAACGAGGGACGAGCUGGUGGAGUAUGUGAGGGAGCAGAGAAGGCUCGAUCAAGUCACCCGCCAGCGUAGCCUGUCCAGCCUGGAGCUGUUCCUCUCCUGCGCCCAGAAGCAGCUGAGUGCUUUAAUAGCUACGGAGCCUGUUGACAUUGAAUAGAGACGCAGAUGAUCCAUCCUGGUCAUUAAGCCUGCCCACUCUGAAGCUGUCUCCUGCGCCCAGAAACAGCUGAGUGAUCUAAUGGCCGUAGAGCCUGGUGGCACUGAAUAAAGGGAACGUGGUGGGCUGCCUUGCCCUGGCCAUUGCGUCAGUCACUAGACUUCUAAGUUAAGUGCGGUGACCUAGACAAGUGCUCUUGUUUUCUGUUUAAACCUGGAAAGUGGUUUCCAGUUCCAGGAUGAGCCAGAGCAGUUUCCACAAGACCCAUCAACAGAUCUAACUUAUUCUCUGCUGUUUCAUCAUGAGUAGCAAUGGAAGAGUGUCUAUGACCCAGUCAUGGAAAAGUGGUAUGCUAUCCCAAGUUCAUCAGGUAAACCCUAUAGCUUCUGGUGACCUGAUGACACUGUGUUUGGUAAAGGAUUACCUUGUGAUCACCUCGAGGUGAUGUGCAGGGAGCAACCACUGUGUAACCAUGCAUUUACUUGAUUUUAGGUAGAGUGGGCAGAAACAUUUGGCAUGGUCAUUGUUCUGACUCACCUGACCUCUUCCCCCCAUGUGACCCCACGUGUUUCCGUAGAUUUACCAAAAAUGAACAACACUAGCUGGCCAGGCUUGGAGCAGCUGCCCUGUGUGAACUGGGGUGUGUGGCCAGGCUUGCUUCCUGCCAUUCUUCAAAGGCUCGAGAUCAUGUUUCAUAAUCUAAUAUCUGGAAAGAAUGUAACUCAGACAUCUACACAUCUGUUUAAUCAAGCAUCAGACACAGGGGUAAAUCGGGAUGCUGGUAAUUAAUGAGCAGUGAGCCCCAGUAUGAAAUCAUGAAUAGUGCUUCUGCUUCCUGGGGCUUUGUAUUUUUCUGGGAUUUCUCAGUAUAAUAAAUGGAACACCAAAAAGUU